AUGCUGGCCUUCUUUAAUAUUUCUGCCAAAUUUAGUGACGUCUUUGGCCGCAAGUCAAGUUUGCUGGUCGCUAUCUUCCUCUUCGUGGUCUUCUCAGGGGCGUGUGGCGCUGCCCAAACCAUGGAGCAGCUUAUCGUCUUCCGCUCGUUCCAGGGGAUUGGCGGAGCCAGCAACUAUUCUAUCUGUGCAGCUAUUAUCUUGGACUUGGUUCCACCGGAGAAGUUGCGACUAUCUCUGCUAUGUGGACCUCUGAUGGGAGGUGCUAUAUCGGGGUCGUCAACGUGGCGCUGGGUGUUUCUUUUGAAUGUUCCUCCGGGCGCUCUGGCCGGGAUCGGACUCGCUAUUGUCCUGCCGAAUCGUUUCCCCCAUCACAACGAGCAGCCCAUGGCCAAGAAUGCAUUCUCGCUUUGGGCCUCCUUACGCCAAACGAUCCGAAAAGUCGACAUGCUCGGCUCCAGUAUGCUCCUCGUGGCUACUAUCUUUCUGGUAACUGCUCUAGAGGAAGCCAACCAGGAGUUCCAUUGGAGUUCGGCGUUUACCAUAGCCCUUCUAACCAUCUCUGGGCUGAUGUGGAUCGCUUUCCUGCUGUGGGAAAGGCGAGUCACGCUUUCAUCUGAGUGCAUCGAGCCGGUAUCCCCAUGGAGAUUUCUCCGGAACCGAGUAUGGAUGGGGAUGCUGUUCACCAUGUUCCAGUUGCCGCAACGCUUCCAGAUCGUGAACCAGCUUACACCUCUCCAAGCGGCUGUCCGGUUCAUCCCCUUUACCGUUGCCACACCGGUGGCCUCUGUACCGCUGAUCUACCUUGUGCUGUCCGCAUCAGUGCUCCAGGUAGUCAGCUACGUACUCCUGGGAAUCAUGCCCGAGUCUCUGUCCAUCCCUGCUGCGCAGUACGGAUACCAGAUUCUGGCCGGCUUCGGAUGUGGUGUCAAUCUCACUCUACUAAUUCUAAUGACACCAUUCAUCAUCGAGAAAAGAGACAGUGCGGUGGCUAUGAGAGCGAUUGCGCAGUUUCGAGUGAUGGGUGGCUGCAUCGGGAUUUCCAUUUUGACUGCGGUGGCCAACGGCUACCUCCAGUCCCAUCUCAAGCACUCCCUAGAUGCAGCCCAGAUGCAGUCUAUCCUGAACUCCGCGGAGGUGCUUUCCGCUCUACCGCAGGCUGAACAGAGCCUUGUGCGAGGCACGUUCUCGGCCAGUUACAACCUGCAAAUGAAGACCUUGGCUGGACUUGCGGGGGGUCAGGCGUUGACGUCGCUGCUUAUGUUGCAGAAGAACCAAAUCACUGUAUAG